AUGUACAUACGAUACUAUGGGUCUCCCUUAAGCACUGCAACAAAGUUGCGGCAAGCAGGAGUGAGCUUUGAGAAAGUCAUCAACAGGCCCUUACUUAACAUAAAUUUCCAAAAAGUUCAACCCUUAAGCUGGUUUCUGUGCCUGGGUUGUAUUCCAAAUUUCACUCACUUCAAAGCUCGUUUACAAAUCCCGGAGUUAAAAAUAGAAGACUCAACCGAAUGUGUUCUGAGGAAUCUCAUCGCCUUCGAGCAGUGUCAUUACCCAAAUCAACCUUACAUUUGCAACUACGUCUCCUUCAUUGACUCUCUCAUUCACACCAAGGACGAUGUUGAAUUAUUGGUUGAGAAGGAAGUCAUCGUCCAUGAACUUGGAAGCGACAAGGAAGUUGCAACGUUGGUGAAUAGUCUCUGCAAACAUGUUGUCACCGACAAGACAUGUUAUGGAGGACUUAUAGAUGAUUUGAACAAACAUUACCAGAGACAAUGGAAUCGUACUAUGGCUGCAUUGAGGUUGGUUUACUUUAGAGAUGCUUGGAGAGCAAGCUCUACUUUGGUCGCAACGGCUGUCCUCGUGUUCACAGUCUUCAACUUCUGUCGGAUUGUUAGAUUGGUCCUCUACGCCGGCAACCUUAAUUAG